UUUAAGGUUAUGUUUAUGUUCGAAUAAAAUAAUAAAUUGUCAAACUUUUAAAAUUAGACAUUAAAUAAUAAAUAUUAAGAUUUAUGAUUCAACAUCCGUGUUGAUUUAAACAUCAAAUAAAAUGGAUUCUGAUCUUUAUGAUGAGUUUGGUAAUUAUAUUGGACCAGAAUUGGAAUCUGAUGAAGAAGAAGAAGAACAACUGCCAUCUCCUGAACCAGACCUUCAAGACAUUGAUGUAAAUAAAAUCGAAUUCAUACUACUUAUAUUAUUUAUAUUUUUGCUGGGUACGUAUAAAAUAAAUGUCUUGAUUUUUGACCAUUUUGUAGAUGAUCGAAGAGAAUGAUGACGGACCAGAAGAACCAGGUAUGAGUGUUGUAUUACAUGAAGAUAAACGUUAUUAUCCGAGUGCUGUUGAAGUCUAUGGACCUGACGUAGAAACAUUAGUACAAGAAGAGGAUGAAUUACCAUUAACAGUUCCACUAGUUGCUCCUGUUAAACAGCAUAAUUUUCAAAUCAAAGAGCAACAUUUACCUAAUACCACAUAUAAUAUGGAGUACUUGACUUUGUUUUUGUUAGCUUAUAUUUUUUAUAAAUUAAUUUUAAUUUUAUGUUUUAGGUACUUAGCAGACUUAAUGGAUGUUGCAGGCUUAGUACGCAAUGUUGCAUUAGUUGGACAUCUUCACCAUGGCAAAACCAGUUUGGUCGACUGUUUAGUUCGCCAAACGCAUCCAGAUUUGGGACAGUUAAAUUUAGAUUCAGCAGAUGCUGAUUUGAUGCGUUAUACAGAUACUCUAAUGACAGAGCGCCAGAGAGGUGUUAGUAUUAAAGCAACUCCUGUAACCUUGGUAUUGCCUGAUGUAAAUUCCAAAUCGUACUUAAUGAAUAUUUUUGAUACGCCAGGUAAUGUUUGUAAUUUUUAAUUAAGAAAAAUAAUAUAAUUUAAUUUGGUUUGGAUUUAUAAUUUAUUAUACUUAUUGUUUGUUAUAAUUAGGUCAUGUAAAUUUUUCUGAUGAAGUAACAGCUGCACUCAGAAUUUGUGAUGGAGUUGUUAUAUUUGUUGAUGCUGCAGAAGGUGUUAUGUUAAACACAGAACGAUUAAUCAAACAUGCCAUACAAGUUUGUGCUAAUUAUUUAAUGAUUUUGUUAAAAAUAUUUAAAUUUUCAAAUUAUUCUAGGAAAAAAUUGCAAUUACCAUUUGCGUAAAUAAAAUUGACAGAUUAAUGUUAGAACUUAAACUGCCACCUCAAGAUGCAUACUAUAAAAUUAAGCAUAUAAUUGAUGAAGUUAAUUCACUAUUAAGGUAUAAAAAUAUGAAUUUAUAUUAAAUUUAUUAAGUAAACAGUGGGUUUAUUUAUUUACUCAACUUGAAAUAAAUACAUGUUUUUCUGGUUUUAAUAUUUGUAAAUGAUCUUGAUAUUUAAAACUUUCAAACAAAUAUCAUCUUUUAUUAAGAUUUUUAUGUGGAUUAUUAAAACAGGAAAUUUAUAAAAAUUUAGUGUUCUUCAAAAAUCAUGAUGAAUUCUUAUUUUUAUUUUGCUAAUUUUAAAAAUAUACAAACAAUUUGAGUCUUUUCUAGAUUGGAAACAAAAUGAGGCUUAGUGUUUUACCUUAUGUAUAUGAUUUUUUGUGCUAUCUGGUGCAUUAAAGAAAUUAUUUUUAUUUUCUCUGUUUGGAUUUUCAUUUACAAAAUUAAGUAUAAUAAAUAAUCAACUGCUUCAAAAAUAUUAACAGUUUUAAAACCACAUUAAUAUGAAUACAAAUUUAUCUGGCUUAUUUUCAUUAUUGUGUGACUUAAGAAACACUCUGUAGUAUUCUUACACUUAUUACCUAUAUACUACCAUUCAACAAAUUUUUAUUUUAUUUUUACAGUUUACACUCACAAAAUGAUCCUUCUCGUAUUGUUUCUCCAACAAUUGGAAAUGUUUGUUUUGCAUCAGCUCAGUAUGCUGUUUGUUUCACUUUAAAGUCAUUUGCUAAACUUUAUGCAAAUCAUUAUCCCAAUGUAAAAGUUGAUAGUUUUGCUAAAGUAUUGUGGGGUGACAUUUACUUUAAUCCAAAAACUAGAAAAUUUUCCAAAAAAUCUCCACACAAUAGUGCACAAAGGAGUUUUGUUGAAUUUAUACUAGAACCGUUAUACAAAUUAUUUGCUCAAGUAAUUGGUGAUGUGGAUACUACUCUACCUGACGUUUUAGAUGAGCUUGGAAUUAAACUAACAAAACGUGAAAUGAAUAUUAAUAUAAGACCACUUUUACGACUUGUUUGUGGACGUUUCUUAAAUGAUCUUAGUGGUUUUGUGGAUAUGUGUGUAAACCAUAUACCUUCCCCUGCGGAAAAUGCUAAAAACAAAAUAAAUACAAUUUAUACGGGACCUCAAGACACUCAACUUGCUAAAGAUAUGCUUGAUUGCAACCCGGAUGUAAUUAUUUUAUUAUAUUGUUCUUUAUAUUAGUUUUUGAUAACUUCAUUUUUUAGGGUCGUUUAAUGGUACAUAGUACUAAAAUGUAUCCAACUGAUGAUUGUACAUUUUUCCAAGUUUUGGCUCGAGUUAUGAGUGGAACAUUACAUGCUGGACAAGAAGUAAGAGUUUUAGGUGAAAACUAUUCCUUGGUAGAUGAAGAAGAUUCUAGAGUAAUGACAGUUGGUCGGUUAUGGGUACAUGAAGCUAGAUAUAAAGUUGAGGUUAAUCGAGUACCAGCUGGAAAUUGGGUACUAAUUGAAGGCAUUGAUCAACCAAUUGUUAAAACAGCCACAAUUACAGACUUAAUAACAACUGAUGAUUUAUAUAUAUUUAGACCAUUAAAAUUCAAUACACAGUCUGUUAUAAAAAUUGCAGGUAACAGAGAACAUAAAAAACAAAAAAAUAAUCUAACAUUGAACAUGAUAUUUCAUUUUCACAGUUGAACCUGUAAAUCCAUCUGAACUACCCAAAAUGUUGGAUGGUUUGAGAAAAGUUAACAAAUCUUAUCCACUUCUUAUCACUCGUGUUGAAGAAUCUGGUGAACAUGUUAUACUUGGUACCGGUGAAUUAUAUUUAGAUUGUGUAAUGCAUGAUCUAAGGAAAAUGUAUUCAGAAAUAGGUAAAAUAUAAUUAGCAUUAUUGCAUAAUUUGUACAUUUUUUUUUUUUAAAUUAUUUUAUUUUAUAGAUAUAAAGGUAGCAGAUCCAGUUGUUGCUUUUUGUGAAACUGUUGUUGAUACUUCAUCAUUAAAAUGUUUUGCUGAAACUCCCAAUAAACGAAACAAGAUUACAAUGAUAGCGGAACCUUUGGAAAAAGGACUUGCCGAAGACAUAGAAAAUCAAGUAGUUGACAUUUCAUGGGACAAGUAAUAAUUUAUUUUUUAAAACUUGUUAGAUAUUGUUUUAAAAUUUAAAAAACAAAAUUUCUUACUUAAGGAAAAAAAUCGGCGAAUUUUUUCAAUCCAAAUAUGAUUGGGAUUUACUUGCAGCUCGUUCCAUUUGGGCUUUUGGGCCAGACCCUACAGGCCCGAAUAUUCUUGUAGAUGAUACUCUACCAUCUGAAGUUGAUAAGAAUAUUCUAAGAUCUAUUAGAGAUUCUAUUGUUCAAGUAAAUAGUUAACCCAAUGUAAUUUACAUAGUGUCUGAACAUUUUAUAUCAUAUUAGUAUUAUAAAUUUUAGGGUUUUCAAUGGGGUACCAGAGAAGGGCCAUUAUGUGAAGAACCAAUUCGUAAUGUUAAAUUUAAAAUAUUAGAUGCAGUAAUUGCCCCGGAACCAUUACAUAGGGGAGGAGGUCAGUAUUUUUAAUUUAGUUUGCUGUUAAAGCAGUAUGACUACUCUAUACAGAAUAUAAGCAUGUGAGUCAGUGCAUAUACUAUGAAACAUGCAUAUGUUGGACUAGCUGAGCUGAAAAUUUCUGACUGCCGUAAAUGCAAGAACUCAAAUGUGUUUUUAUCUGUCACCUGGUGCUCUUAUUCUGAAUAGAGUAUAGUUUUAUAAAAUUAUAAAAAGAAAUUUUAUUUUUGACUAUAAACCAAUAAAAAUAUGUUUUGUUCUUUAUUCUAACAUAUUAAUUAAUAGGUCAAAUAAUACCCACUGCUCGUCGAGUAGCCUACUCAGCAUUUCUAAUGGCAACACCUCGUUUAAUGGAGCCAUAUUUAUACGUCGAAGUUCAAGCUCCAGCAGAUUGUGUAUCUGCUGUUUAUACAGUUUUAGCUAAAAGAAGAGGACACGUCACUCAAGAUGCCCCUGUUCCAGGAUCACCGCUUUAUACUAUAAAAGCUUUUAUUCCUGCUAUUGAUUCAUUUGGUUUUGAAACUGAUUUACGGACUCAUACUCAAGGUCAAGCUUUUUGUCUGUCCGUAUUCCAUCAUUGGCAGGUAAAUAUAUUUUAUCAAUAUAUAAUAUAUAUAUAGUAAAGUAUAUGUAUAUUUAUCAAAUAAUAUUCAUAAUUAAGUAACUAUUCAAUAAUAUAAAAAUCCAUAAGUAUAAUUAUUAUUUGUAAUAAGUACAUCUAUUUGGUAUAUUAAUUAUACUAAAUGAUUAUUUAUUCUUAAGCUCAAAUAAUGUUUUUUAGAUUGUUCCUGGUGAUCCACUUGAUAAAAGUAUUGUCAUUAAACCCUUAGAGCCACAACCAGCCACACAUCUUGCUCGAGAAUUCAUGGUUAAAACUCGGAGGAGAAAAGGUCUAAGCGAGGAUGUAUCUAUAAAUAAAUUCUUUGAUGAUCCUAUGUUAUUAGAACUAGCCAGGCAAGACGUAUCACUUAAUUACCCUAUGUAAUAAAAUACGAAAAAAAUAAUCAAA